AUGUGCGACAAAGACCACAACAACAAACGAAAAAAUAACCGGUUUCUAGAGGUGGAAUCAGAUGGGGAGAGCACACAAGCAGGAGACCAAUGGGUGAAGAGAAAGCAGGAAAGAAGAAGAAACGAAGAAUGGACACAAGAAAGAGAGAAUUCCUUCGAAGACGAGCCAAUGCGUGAUGCUUAUGCAUACGAAUCGAUCGGGGCGGGCAGAGAGAUGAACGACGAACAAGCGGCGCCAGACACCAGAGAAGCAGAACGUCGAGGUGGAGGUCGUUUUCCGGAUGCGUGGGAAAGAACGAACUGCUUGGGAGCAGCCGGAUUGCUGUCGGAGUCGAACGUUUCGUUCCUGACUUCUUCCCGUUUAUUUCGAGCAGUCUGGAACCGUUUCGUAGCACUGCGGGUGACGUGCUUCUCCUCAAAAGCAAACAACAAGAAGAGUAGAAGAGCCGACGCAUUGUUUUAUGUCUUCUUCGGUGAUCCAUGA